UUCGCGAUUGACCUGCGCACGCGCACCACGUAACGCGAGUAAAUCCAAUCCAAACAUCGUUUCGAAAUAAGUUUCUUAACAGAUUGUGACAUAAAGUUAUUUUUGUUUUGCCGUGCAACUGAAAAGUUUUGACAGUUUUCGAAAGAGGUUUUUUUUUUAGUUUUUCCGUGCUGUGUUUGUGUUGUUGGAUGCUUCACGUGUUUUUUUUAUAUAAACAAUGUGCUAGUGGCCAGUAUCGGAAACAAAAUGGCGGCGUUGAGGACGAAAAUAGUUUUAGUUUUAAUUAACAUAAUCUGUGCUUACUGUGAUACUGUGGACGAAAUAAAAACAGACAUCCUACUACGCGGCAGCGGAGAACAAUUCGACUUAGAAGAGGCUGAGGUGCCUCUAAAAGACAUUGAACCUGAAAAGACCCUGAGAGAAGAACUUAAGAACGUAGAUUUAAAUAGAGAAGUUGAAUUAUCUACAACCACAGACAACGCGCCUACAACAACUCUACUUGAAGAGGUUGAUAAAGAUGACGAUAUAGCUACCACAGUUCUGCCAACCGACACGACGGUAAUAGACAAUACUGUUGAUAUAACAGACAAUUAUGAUAACACAAGCAGCAUUGACCUAAAGUUGGAGACCACAUCCGCGGCCUGGUCGUCUACAACAACUACGACUCCGACUCCGACGACACGGGGCAUAGACGACAUGGAGGCUGUGGGGUCAGGGGUGGCUGCGUUCGAUGACGAGCACGACUACAGUCCGAGGGUGCCGAAAUUGAGCGACAACCUUCCUUUCUUUCCAGCGGAACCCAAACAACAGGACACGCGCAACUUCGACGUGAAGCCAAUAACACCACCAUCCGUCAGCAAGAGUUCAACCCUGAAGGGUUGGCUGGAAGACUCGUGGCUAAGGCCGCCUGCUGGUAUCCUGGUACCACUGCGGCCCAUCGCUUUAAGCAGAGCGCUGGCUGUGUGGAACGACUUGGCUGCUGAAGGUCUGAAUGUGACUGAUAUUGUCAUCGUCGGCUACGAUUCUAAUGGAGUCAACUGGCGGUCGAGACACAACCUUCAGCCUUCGAGCAACGCCGCUGGCCAGAGAACCGUCUCCGAAGCUUUAUCCAAAUUACUGCUCAAAUAUCAGGACGUGAACGCUGAAAGCAACAGCGACGCGACCAUGAAGGCUCUGACGUCAGCAGCCAAGCUGGUCCCCUACGAUAGCGCCCUCUUCAUCAUCACUGAUAGAGGGGCCGUGGACAACCAGCGGCUGCCCCUGGCUCUAAGAGCCCUGGUUGAGAAGAGGCUCAAGGUCUAUACAAUAUGGACAGACCCUGCUCACCCAGCUGAAGAGUCCGAGCGCCAGCUGCAGGGCUUGAGGAACGUCUCCACGCACACCGAAGGAGACGUGCUGCCAUACUCUCUGCAGGUCAUGGAUAUGGAGAACGCAGCCAACACAGAGUCUGGUCUCCAGCAGUGGUCGCCGGACCUGCUGCAGUCCAGGAGAGGCCGGGUCCACCACAACAUGAUGGAGCACGAGAAACUGGACACACUUCUAGUGCGGAGAGGCGGUGGAGAGGCAAUAUCGCUGGGAGUUCCGGUGGAGAACGGAGUGACCGCGCUGAGGAUCUACAUUGAAGGACUGGUGGAGCACGCUGUCUUGUACCCGCCUAAUGAUGCGCCGCAAAUCGACCUAUACAACGAGACAUCAGUGGCUUCCUUUUCUGCGAAGUCGACAACUGAUGGAUUGUCACCGAGGGACGUAUACCUUGCCUUCCCGGGCAUCGAAUCUGAGAGUGACGUGCUAACAGUCCUGCCAAUGAAGCCGACUGCUUCUGACGCGUCGGCGCCGACGGUCGGCGUGUGGCACUUGAGCGUACGCUGCGACACGUGCGACUACCGGCUAUGCGUCGCUGCGCGGGCGCACAUACACUUCACUGCGCAGAUCGAGCCUAAAGAAAUGCUGAAGAUCCGAGUGAUAGGUCCGGUAGCCAGCGUGAGGGAAACAGUUCUCAUCGAUGAGUAUGGUACCGAGCUGGCUGCCCUACCGUUCAGCUACCAGCCGAUAGUGUCUGACGGCCAGAAUAUGCCUCUGGAGAGUCCCCCAGCUGAAUUAGUGGCUAGUGUUAACCUGCCCAGCGUCAAAGGGUCCCGGGUCUACGCUAAGAUCGUUGGCAGAGACGUCAAAGGUGAACCGUUCGUGCGGCUAUCAGGCCCACUGAACCAGCAGGAGGUCAGAAUGGGCAGGUCGGCGUCUGCCUCUAUCGGCUUCGCAGACUUCAUCAACGACUUGGAGAUAAUUGAAGACAUCAGCUCCAAGGUUUAUAACGAGAAGCUUCAAUACAAUGAGAGCACUGUUCUACCCUUCAAUCGAGCUAUUUCUCAGGUGGUGAACCAAAGGGGGUCCCUUCUAACUGCAGUUCAAAUCGGCCUGGGAACACGGCUGUAUGGAGCCCCAGGAGACAGUUUACAGUUACAUUUCGAAGUCACCAACUUCAGGGACCAGUCAGUACUCUUUGUGUUCCAAGCGGUUGGGGAGUUGAGAUUUCUAAGAGGGAUAAGCCCGACUCGCCAAUGGAUCAAUUCGGGGCAGACAGCCAACGUGAUCGUCAACGUGGGCAUCACGGCUAACGCCCAGCCCGGCGCCAGGGACCUGAUCACCUUCACUGCCACACCACAAGCAGGAUUCGAACCUGUGUCCAUCUCAGCUUACGUGUACGUGAUCAACUCUGGUCAGAGCCAAGUGGACGUGUGGGCGCCGGAGCUCCGCCAUAAUUUCCAGGGCUCCUGCAUCGGGCGGUUAGGGGACGACUGCGCCCAGCACGCCUGGUCGGCUACCGUCAUUGCCAGGGACACUGUCGGAGGUCUCCUCCGCCUCUCAUCGUCACCCGUGGGCGUCCUCUACGACAGCAACUUCGUGGCCGGCUCCCGCGAGGAGGUGGUCGCGGUCUACCGCGCCACCUGCUGCGCGCCCAGGGUCGUGGUCACGGCGGUCGACGCCCACGGCAACGCCAACAGCUACCUCAUUGAUAUAUCCAGUUACCUGAGCGAAGCCGCAAUAGCGUCCAUCGUGCUCGGCGUAUUUUUACUAAUAGCAAUCAUUGCUUUAAUUGUCUUCUUAAUAUAUUGGUGUGUCAAGAGACGACGGGAGUCAAGGGAACUGCCGUACACCACGUCUACUUCUAGGAAUUUGAGUUAGAGGAGAAAGAGAGUUGACAAGUUAACAGAGAAUGUUGGUGGAAAUGCCUUCAAAAUCAACAUGCUUAAUAUUUCACUUAUGUUUAUUAUUGUGGAUUAUCCUCAAUAAAUAUAAUAGUCAUUAUGGUCUUGUGGUGCACCGGCUUGCUUCAGCGCCGGUUCGAACCCAUUGACUUGCACCAAUGAGUUAUUAAUUUAUCUCAAGUGCAAUUUUCAAUAACACAAUUGUCUAGACCAUUAUAGACGGCGAUACGGCUCACCUAUCACGUUGGUCUAACAGAAAGCUCGGUGAGGUGUGGGUACUUAGUUCAUCUUGCGAUGGAUCUCAGGGGUACAUCCUUUACCACCCCAUUGGGAUAUAGUCAAACCAAUCAAAUCAAAUAUACUUUAUUGCAAAGAACUAAAUUUCAUCAAUCAGACAUAACACAUGAAUACAGUACAAUUUGGACGGCCAGGAAACAAACAUUUACAAACAACUUGGAUGCCACCUUAUGUAUUAUGUAAAUUAAAAAAAAAUCGAAACUAUUUAUUUUUCAAAAUUGGCUUACAAAGUUAGCGCUUUUUGAACGUCAAAAAAUUAAAUUACAUAUUAUGUAACUAGCUGUAAAACUACUGCCACAUCGGAAUCUGUAACGCUGAGGGAAAGACAUGGCCAGAAAACCUCCCAGCACAGGGCCCUAGUCCUACUGUUUCAUGUAUUCUAUUCUUUUUUUUUAAUUACAGUUUAAUAAUAAGAAUUAAAUAAUAAGAGAAAAAGUGAAUGUCACCUUUUGUUGCUUAAAUCUUUGGAAUCGAACCAGCAUUCCACGUCAACUUGUCAAGUCGACACAGUCAAAAGAUAAUAAUUACUAUGGGAACCGACACAUAUUGUGAUAUGUCAAAAUGCAGAGUUAGUUGAGUAAGUAUUUACAGUUUGGAAAAGAAUAUUAGGGGCUAUACUUUUGAAUACUGUCUCAUCUUCAUUUAAUUUUCAAUAAUACAAUUUACUUCCUUGGAAUAUUGGAGAUACGAAUACAAUGGUAACACAAUGGCUUACGCCAUCAAAGGAGUAGCAAUGGCGGCUUGUCAUAGGAUUGAGCAUAUCUGGUUUUCUUAUACCAUGGGUAUAUUAAUAAGAAUGUGGAGGCGAAAAAAGGAAUGACGUAACAUUGCAUUUUUUUAUACAACAGCAGUAGAUUUUUCUAGCAAGUUGGCAGGUACCCAGUUAUUCAAUUAGGUACGGUAUUUGUGGUCCAAAUUCUGUAAUACCACGACUAUUAGCUCUGAUGUAGCAUGAUUAGAGUGGCAAAUUUCUCGUCUCUUUCGCCCUAAGCGCAUGUACUAUAUAUAUCUGUCCUUCUAUCAUCCUAAUCAACUAUGUUUUAAGAAACAUAAUCGUCAUCAUCAAUUUAAGAGCCACGCUGUUGUCGGUGCAGCAUUUUCCAUUCCAGUCUCAUCAAAGGUCAAUUCCUUGACUUCCCUAUAAGACACGACGUUAACCUUUUCUUUAAUCUAAGAUCUUUUCUUUUUUUUUAUUUAAGCGACAUAUGGCUUAACAAUUUAAAUUAACUAAUCAAAUACCGUGAUAUUCUUUCCAAACUGUAAUAAUUCGUAUUUAUUUUUAAGUUACCUUAUGUUUAAAGACUAAUUCAAAACAUUCCCGUAGGUGUAAGGUAUAAGUAGACAGAUAUAUUUUAAAAACAAAAAAAUAAAGCAUUAGAAGAGUGGCUUGUUUUAAAAGCAAUAAAAAUAUUACAAUCUUUUUUAAUUUUAUGAGAUACUUUCCAGGAUUCAUUCCCCGAACACAAUGUAGAUGGCGUUGUACUGAUUCAACAUGAUCAUUACCUAUUUUCUCAUUGCUUGGGUAUAAUUAUUUGGAAUAAUUAUUCAAAAAUAUAAUGCAGAGGCAUCUAUAAUCAGAAAUCAGAAUCAUUUAUUCAACAUAAUUAUCAUAAACUUGUUAAAGGUCAAUUUAACAUUUUUGAAUCUACAUCAUUUCACAAGGUCUUAUGGCUGAAGGGAAGAAAUCACAAGAAAAGGUGUUUUUUAAUAAACAAUAAAUGCCCAAAAUGCAGUGUGACUAAGAAACUUUACAAAAAUCUAUUUAAAUUCGUAAAAUUUACACAUAUAUUUAAUAAAAUUUAUCUUAUAUGUUUACUAAAACGGGUACUAAUGUAACGUAAUUUAAUAUUAUUAAUCAUUAUUUGUUAAUUAUAAGCCAAAUCGGAAAAUAGCCAUAUUUUUUGUAAAUUUUAUUUUACAAAUAAAUAUUAUAUUGUGAA